UCCACAGGUGAAUAAAACUCAAAUCAAAAAAUUUUACAGUCCUCUCUUGCCGUCUUGCCUCACAACACGCAUAUAAAGACGAUUCUGUCAAAAUGAACACCAUCGAAUAUUGCAAAGCAGUCUGGAAAUUUUUUGUGGAUAUUUUCUACAUUAUCAAUUUGAUUGUACCAGCAUUGUUCCUAAUCGGGUACAAUUUUCUGCUCGCAUAUUAUCUCCGAGCUUGUGAAAAUUGGGAGGAGUGUGUGACCAAAUGGGUACCCCUAAUAAUUCUUCUUGUCCAAUUUAUCAGUUCCAUCAUUCUGGUUUUAAUCAAAUGGUUUUCAAAGCAACUCGUCAACCUUUGCCGGGAGGGAACGUCGCCUAAGUCGAUCCAAGAAAUAGGAUACCCUUGCAUUAUCUGCGGCCUGACUGUAAUUUCCAUUUCCGGCGUACCGCUAAUACUUCUCCACGCGUAAUCUCACUUGGAUGCGUAUUGGACAAUUGGAAUAAUUAUUGUUUGGCUUUUGUAUCAUUUUGCUGGAAUAUAUGCUGUAUUGCAGUAUUACAAAGGGAUUAACGAGUUGGAUGGAUUAAGAGAUUGUAAUGAUGGUGUCAAAAUUAAAAGCGUAUCGGGUCUGGGUGGGAAUGGUUCUGAUUUUGGGUUACCAUGACAACAAGUAAAAUUGCACGCUUAAUAAUCUCACAUCACUGAAAAGUAAAUGUACUCGGAUUUCUUUGUCAAAUAAAAAAAAUACCAGAUAAAUCAAUAUGUGGAGUAAAGUUAACCUGAUAAAGGGUAAAGUUUACUCUAAUAGUUUAAUUAAUACAGAAUUGAGGGUGCAUUUUCUUUUCGAAAGGGAACGAUUAUCUUCAGAGUGUAUGAUAAGCUUGUGUUGGAAUGGAUGUCUAGCUCAUUGUAAUUAGGUUUAGGAAUGAGUAACGAAAUAAGUUAACGUACAUAGUCAGAUUUGCUAUUUUAAGGAACGGUUAUAGUUGGAUAAUUGAAUCAAUGUAUAUUUAUGUAUAUGUCAUGGGCUGGUGGCGAUUGUCGGGAUUAUUUGAAUAGGCUUAUAGGAAUCUUUACUGUCAGUAUAAAUAUAUUUAGUAACAUUGGUUGUAAUGUGGGAAAGGUAAUUUCUAAUAAUAAACUUGUACAUUUCAAUUUGUACCAAAUUAA